AAAUUUUUUAAUCAGAGUCUUCCAUUUGCUUACCAAAUCUCUUUUUAAAUGCAUCAAUAUUUUUGUGAUUUUCUUCCCUUUCAGUAAUUUUGUUUCACGUCUUUUGACUCCGAGACUCAUGGUGUUCGCACAGGGUGAGGUAGUAGGUUGUGUGGUUUCAGGGUUGUGAUUUUGCCCCAUCAGGAGCUAACUAUACAACCUACUGCCUUCCCUGGAGGGCAGCAAUACAUCACAGGAGCGCAAACCUCUUUAUCAUCUUUCUAAUGACCCUUAAAACACUUGGCACACGACUGGUAUUCGGUUUCAAACUCGUCUCUGAAUCGGUAAGUGAUGCUGCUUCAUCAGGCGUUUUCGCUGAAACAUGACUCCUUGUACAGAUUGUACAAAAACUGUAUGCUGGGUUUAUUCAUUGAUUCGCUAUGUUUUUCUUUCUUAAUUAAAUAAAGAUAUAACUGCAAAAAACGAUUGAAGUCGGGUCUUCUUUCUACAUCAAAGCUAAUUAUUGAAAUAUUUUCUUGAAAUCCUGGCAUGUAAUCCCUUUUAAGUAGCUCAUUAUAUAACAAAAUACUCACAGUAUAUAAGAGGCUUCUGAAGAUUAUCUCCUCAUCUGUCUUUUUUUUUUUUCUUUUUUUUUUUGUAUUACCCAUCUGUUCAAGCAAUUAAUUUCCAGGUUUCAAAUCAAAGAUAAGGAUGAAAAGUCAAACUUUCAAGAUGGGAUUUUACUAAAAGAUCAUAUCUGGAUUUACAGCUUUAAAAAAAAAAUCCUCAGACUCGUUCGGCACGCGCUCGUCAGAACCUGAGCAGGGUGUCGAGGUAAAAACAAAGCACAGGCAGAAACACCCACCUCUUUGUUUAAAACCCACCGAGCAGCCUAGCAGGAAUUUGGAAGUCAACAGGAAAGGAUGACAGCCUAAAGGUUUGCAGUUUAAAUCCCAGGAUGGGAUGAGGACACGUUUGAAUCGUUGCCAUGCAUUCUUUCACAGUAGAUGGCGCCAGACGCUGUCUGUGUUGGGAGGGCAUUUCCACUGAAUCCUGCCCAUCUGCACUAAUGAUUUUACUUAAUGAAUCUAACACUAAUGGCAUAAGAGUUGGAACUAUCAGGAGAAUAGUGACAAUCACAAAUUAUAGAAAUAUCGUUCAAAUGGCGAAAAUUGCUUUGCAAGUAUGGAAAGCAAAAAGUGCCACAAUCCAAGAUAUGUAAAUAUCAUCACCUUCCUAAAAUAAUCGCUUAUGCCAUUGUUUGCCAAAAGUGAUUUGUUUUCUUUUUCUUUCAGCCAAAAUCACUGUUUUCAAAAAAAUGGCAUCAUUGAAUUGUAAUUUUGAAAUUACUAGCUCAAAUGUGCUACAUACAUUUUAUGUAAUCAAUAAUAUAUAUAUAAAAAAUAUGGCUAUUUAAUUGAAAGAUAAUUGUUUCAAAGUGGACUUUCUGUGGAGAUAUGACUGUUCUGACUAGCCAGAGGAACAAAUUUCAUCAUCUCAUGCUGCGCUGCAGAACAAAAGAUGUGAAUAAAUAUUUGAAUAAAAUAUGCUUCAAAUGUAGUCAAAACAAUAUUUUUUAAUUAUGUAUUCAUCCAAUUACUUUAAAAUGACUUGAUCAUUUAAUGUUUCUAGAACCAGUUUUAAUUGAAUUAACUAAGUUGACACUACUGGACUUUCAUAAAUGUACAACUUAAAUGGUAAUACACAGAUUUAAUAAUUUACAUUAUUUAAAUUCUAACAUAAACAAUAAUUUGUUCAACUGUAAAGUUUAGUCCCUCCCUCCAUAAAUAAUUACAAUAUUUGAGUACUUAUGCAGACUUUGUCUAAUGAUUCAUUUUCCUCUUGUUUUUUUUUUUAUUUGCUCUUUUUUUUUUAAAGAUUAUAAAUUACUUGGCAAUUAUUUGGGGUUUUGCCCACCAUAAAUUAAUUACGUAUUUAAAUUCUGUUAGUUUAUAGUUUAUUUUAUUUCAAUUUAAUUAAACUGGCAUUUUUGGUCCUCCAUAAUUAAAGCAACAUGGUAGCCAUAACCUAAUCAGAAAUGAGUAUGUAGGGUUUAGUGAAUUAUUAUUCAAAUGAACUAAUUUAAAAUGCAAUGGAUUUACUUGUAAUUUUAGUUCAUUAAAUUAAAGUAAUUAUGUGUUUGUUAAAUGUAGCCACUUUUGUCUUUCUGUGUUUUUACUGCGUUAAUUUCCAGUUUUAUUAAAACUACUUAUGCAUUAUAUUGAAUUGCGGCACUUUGGGCACUCCAUAGGUUUUACUGCAUUCAUUUCCAGUUUUAUUAAAACUAUUUAUGCGUUUCAUUGAAUUGUGGCAGUUUUGGUUCUCCAUAGCCCUGUCUCUGCUACGCUUAAUUACGCGCGUAGAUCAUAUUCUAUUAAAUUUAUAACUGCAGACAGGUCCAAUCAGCGAUGUCUGCUUUUUUUUUUUCAUGCGCUCGAUCUGAUUGGUUAGAUCUAUAGGUGUGUCAAGCGGUUGUUUCCUGGGGAGGAGAAUCGCAGCUUUUGACAGCGGAGGGAGGAGGAAGAGGUGACGCGUCAAGGUCCUGACGGAUCCGGUCACAGGACCAAAACACCUCCCUCCCUCUCUCAUCUGGUCUCCGACAGACUUUCAACAUAAUCUGGAAAUGCUUCGAGUGGCAGCGGCUGAGUCUGGAGAGUGAUGGGUAAUCCCUAUAAGUUUGGAUCCCCGAUCUCCAACAUGGCAGCCGAACUCUACAGCCCCCCAUCGCCUCUUGGGGAAUCCCUCCUGGACAGUCCGCUGUGUGGAGACCUGAUAGGGAAUCUUCCUGACUUUUCCCAAUCAAUAGAAGAUGACUCACUGGGAUUUGAUUUCCCAGAAUACCAAACCACUGGUUCUGGGCCCAGCAGCUCCAUCCCAUUUGAUACUCUGACUCCGGCCUCCAGUCCUUUGCCUGGGGAGUGCGGCGCAUCGCUUUGUCCAGACGAGGGUAGCGGCCCCCUUAACCUUGAGUGCAGGGUGUGCACAGACAAAGCUUCAGGCUUUCACUAUGGAGUGCACGCGUGUGAGGGCUGCAAGGGUUUCUUUCGGAGGACCAUCAGACUGAAGCUGGAAUACGAUAAGUGUGAACGCAGCUGUAAGAUCCUGAAGAAGAAUCGAAACAAAUGCCAGUACUGCAGGUUCCAAAAGUGUGUGUCUGUGGGGAUGUCCCACAACGCCAUCCGGUUUGGUCGCAUGCCCCAAGCAGAGAAGCUGAAGCUCAAGGAGGAAAGCAAGGUUGUUGAAACAGAAGAAGAAGACCCGGUCAAGGCCGACCACAAGAUCCUGGUCAGACAGAUCCACGAAGCCUACAUCAAGAACUUCAACAUGAACAAAGCAAAAGCGCGGCUCAUACUAACCGGAAAAACCAGCCAGCCGCCUUUCAUCAUCCAUGACAUGGAGACGUUUCAGCUUGCCGAGAAGACGUUAGCAGCCCACAUGGUAAGGACUGAGUCUGCGGAGCCUGACCUUCAUCUUCAAACUGGGCAGAUAAUCCCGGCGCUGGUUUGUGAGGAGCUCCAGCAACGGGAGGCUGAGGCCAGGCUCUUCUACUGCUGCCAGAGUACCUCAGUGGAGACGGUCACAGAGCUAACAGAGUUCGCUAAAGCGGUGCCCGGCUUUCAGAGCUUGGAUUUGAAUGAUCAGGUGACUCUCUUGAAAUAUGCGGUUUAUGAAGCCCUUUUCACCCUUCUGGCCUCAUGUAUGAACAAAGAUGGCCUCCUUGUGGCACGUGGCGGAGGCUUCAUCACCCGGGAAUUCCUCAAAGGUCUCCGGCGGCCUUUCAGCGACAUGAUGGAGCCCAAAUUCCAGUUUGCCACUCGUUUCAACUCUCUGGAUCUGGAUGACAGUGACCUGGCCCUCUUUGUGGCAGCUAUCAUCUGCUGUGGAGACCGUCCAGGACUGGUGGAUGUACCGCUGGUGGAGCAGCUGCAGGAAAGCAUCAUCCAGGCCCUACGGCUCCACCUGCUGGCCAAUCAUCCAGGUGACGCUUUCCUCUUCCCCAGACUGCUGCAGAAGCUGGCUGACCUCCGGGAACUGGUAACAGAGCACGCACAGCUGGUUCAGGACAUCAAGACAACAGAGGACACUUCACUGCACCCGCUCCUGCAAGAAAUCUACAGAGACAUGUAUUGACAGAAUGAGUGGGAGUUCAUAUUAUUGUUAAUAAAUUGAAAGUGCAGUUAAAUUAUCCACACAUUCUUCAAGCAAUACAUGCACUGACUAAAGCCUAACAGUAUGAAACACAGAUGUCCUUAGGUGGGGUUAGAAUAGUCCUAUUUAUUGUGUGUAUUUAUUCAAACCUGCCUAAUCUGGCCUUUUCUAUGUUAAAGAAAUACCUGAAUCUGUUCUGUAAAUAUGUGCUGCUUCAGCAGAUGUUCUACACAUGACAAUGUCUAAUGUUAUGCAUUUAUAUGAAUCUUUCAAAGUGCUGCUUGAAAACUCAGACCUCAGUUUAGGUUGCCUAUAAGCUUUUCUGGCUGUUUUAAUCUGCGGAGUAAAGCGUGUCUUUGUGCCAGUCCUGUGAAUUCACUGGCCAGUAUUAAGUAUUUGCACUAAAAACACACUCAUCUGUUAAACUGGUCCAUGCAGUAUUUUGUAAAUAUAUCAGGAAUCCAAUGACGACAGAGGAGGACAGUAAGGCGUCUGCCAAAUAACGAAGAUCAAUGCCUUAUUUUCUCAUCUGUGACUUUGAAUUAAUCUUUUAUGCAGUAAUUAAGUUUUAUAUUCUAUUUUUUAAACCAUGUACAGUACAUGUAAUUGUUUCUGUAAAGUAAUGAUUCUUUAGAUGUAUUAUAUAAAUUAAUAUAUAGAAUGUUGGGUUGUUUUUUUUGUUUGUGUAUUUUUGCAGUGCUGUGAUUUACAUUUAGAUACAUGCCAAUGAAGAUGUAAAUUAUUUAUAUUUUUAACCACAAUCCCAAUUAUCGCAAUGAUACAGAUUUUUUUAUUUCCAUUCUGGUUUGUCUGCAAAUGAAAUAAUAUUCAAAAAGCA